AUGAUGGAGGUCUCUCGACAAGACGUGUGGGAUGAUGAGACGAGCGAAUUGACAUCAAAGCUGACGUUGAAGCUCAAUCGUUCCUACUACUUGGUGUUUGAGCUGAUUCCAAGGCGUUUAAUCUCCAGUUUAGUGCCCAAAAAUACUUCACCACAUUCACUUCAAGAUAUGGGAGCUUUUAUGGGCAAUCCAUUCGGAGAGCCAAUUAUGUAUAGCGGCGGAGCUGCUGCACAGAAGAAAUACGACAUCUGA